AUGCCGCCCGAAGGCGGUCCCAGCACGACCGUCUCCAACUCCUCCAAUUCCAACUACCCCAACUACACCAAACCCAAGCCGAACAAGACAACAAGCACUCCCACCAGCAACAUCCGCGUCUUCGUCCACUGGCACGAGCAGACCAUCUUUGCCGGCGAAGAACUCCGGUGCACCAUCACCUUUAAGAAUGUCGCGCGCACGCCCAAUGCUGCUGCAUCCACCACACCAGGACCAAACUCAAACUCACACACAACCUCCUCCACGACCUCGACGCCAUCAACAUCCCUCUCCAACACCCCAACGCUCCACUCCGCGCCAUCCUUUCCGCCUAACGCUUCCCGAUCGCGACAGCAUCAGUUACAGCUACAAAGACAUGGGAAUCGGAGUGGUGGUAGUGGAGGAGGAAUAAAAGGGGGCUCGGCAUCAGGGAGUAGCUUGGCGCCUCCGCCGACGGGGGGACAGAGGGGCCAUCACCGGUCGAGUUUAUCGUUGUCUGUGCCGUCUGAGAGGAGUGGGAGGAGAGGGGGUAGUGGGGGGGUUGGCGUGGGGAAUGGGGGGGGGUUCUUGGGAGGGUGGAGUGGGAAUGGAAAUGGAAAUGGGAAUGGGAGUGUGGGGAAAGGCGGGAUAGGGGGGAUAGGGGAGGUGGAUUUGGCGAGUGGGAGUGGGAGUGGGAAUGGGAGUGGGAGUGGUGGGCAUGGAGGCGGGCGCGGACACGGGCAUAAACGGUCGGUGUCGAUUGUGUCGAUUGGAUCGUUGAGUACGGUGGACGAUGGGUCGAGUAGUUCGGCAGCCACGGCACCGGCGAAACCGUCGCGGUCGAGGGGGCAUGGGCAUGCAAGGGCGUCGAGCUUGCAGAUAUUGCCGCGCGCUGGGGGGUUGUUAAAUGGGCCGCGGUCUGCAACCGUGAGACCUUCCGGCCAACCGUCCCCCCUGUUUCACGCCUCGUUCCCCCCCGACAGGAGCAUCAGCGGCCGCCGUCCCGGGACAGCCACAGCGCCCGAAACCGCACGCCCUGAGACAGCACGGCCCGAAUUCCCCCCACGACGGUCUCCCGUUUCCCCGAAUCCCCUGGCCGAGUUCAGGUUCCCCAUGUCGCCGUCGCCCACGACCCCCGGCACGGUCGGCGGUCUGGCCGACGAAGACCCGUCCAGCCCGACAACCAGUGGCCUAGCGCUGCGACCGAGAGACUCAGUACCGACCAUCAACGAGCAGGGCGUGGCACCCUCGGCACGAAUCCUCUCGACCAUGAGCAUCGCCGGCACGCCGCGCAGCAGCGGCGAGUUCUACUCGCUCAGCAACAACUCGUCUGAGACGCUAGCCUCGGAGUACGUGACGCAGCAGCCGCUACGCUCACAAACCCACCAUCCUUCGCCACACAACCGACGCACAUCAAACCUCGUCCCGAGCGCCGCGGCCGCACGCCUGCCCGAGACGCUGAUGAUGGGGUAUGCGCAAGUGCAAGGGUCGUUUACCCUGGACGGUUCGCUGAUCAACCUAGGUCCAUUCGAGGCCGUCAAACGGAAAGCGGUCGUGGGCGGACAAGGCGGCGGCGUGAUCGGGCUGGAAACCCCCAAACGCGACAGCGGACUGCUGCGCGGGUUCGGCUGGGGCAACAUCACGAGCUCGAUCGGAGAGCUGCUCGGGGGCGGGGAGCUGAGCACCAUCAAGGAGAUGCGGGGGAUCGCCAACUCCAAGGCCGUGCCGCUGCUGUCGACGCCACAGUCCAUCCUGUUUGUUGACCUGCAGUUAGGCCCCGGCGAGAGCAAGACAUACGAGUACUCGUUCAAGCUGCCACGCGGUUUGCCGCCGACGCACCGCGGGAAAGCCAUGAAGAUUUCGUAUAGCCUGGUCAUCGGCACGCAGCGGCCGGGGAGUUCCAAGGAGCAGCGCGUCAAGUCGGUCGAUGUGCCGUUCCGCGUGUUGGGGAGUGUUAACAGCCACGGCGAGAUUCUGGGCCAUGAUCUGAUGGCGCCGUAUAUCUUGCUGCGCGACCAGGCGACGGUCACGGCUGUCAAGACCGGCGCUGGCACGUCACACAAAAAGACCGGCAGUAUCAAAGUAACACCCCCCUCGACCGUGGCCUCCUUUUUUUCGUAUGUCGACGACCUCCUCUCCCGCCCGCAGCAGAACACUUCCACAUCCACCUCCAACGGCGCCCUCCUCAGCCCCAGCGCUCCCCUAACCCCCCACUCCCCCACCUCCUCCCGUCGCCCAUCCAUCGUGUCCGUAUCCGACCACCACCCCUUCCUCCCCCCGCCCACCGCCAAAGAAGCCAUCGACCUCGCCAUCCUCCGCUCCAACCUCACCGGCGGCUCCCAAACCAACUCCCCCAACCGCUUCGAAAUCGCCCGCAACGGCCGCCGCGUCGGCGUCGUCAUGCUCACCCGCCCAGCGUUUCGUCUAGGCGAGACGGUGACAUGUGUAGUUGAUUUCGCGGGUGCUCAGGUCGCGUGUCACGCUGUGCAUGCUGCGUUGGAGACGGCGGAGCGCGUGGAUUUGAGUUUGGCGUUGCGGUCCGAGGCGAGUGUGAAUAGGGUGACGAGGAAGGUGUGGGCGAGUGCGAGCGAGGCGGUGUUAUUUGCGAGGAGGUGGGUGUUUACCGCGGGGAUUCCGGUCGCGGCUACGCCGGAGUUUGUGACGAGUGGGGUCGGGCUGGAGUGGAAGGUUAGGUUGGAGUUUGUUGUGCCGGUGCAGGCUCAGUCGUCUCAGGGGGUGGGUUUGGGGUUGAGUCAGGGUCAGGGUCAGAAUCAGAGUCAAGAGGAGGAGGAACAAGAUGAAGGUGAAGACGAAGAACAAGAUGAAGACGAACGGGACGGAGUUACAGCACAGACAGGACAAAGUCAGACAGGGCAGACACACCCCCUCCUAGAGGAAAUCUCCCGCGACGACCGGGGCGGCCAAGUCCUCGUCGGCGUCGAGAAUCUUCUGUGUGAGAGCUUUGAGGUGGCUGUGCCCUUAAGGGUGUAUGGGGCUGCGUGUCAUGGGCUUGAGAGGUUGGAUGGCGAGGGGGAGGGGGCUGGGUUGGUUGUUUAA